AUGGUGGUGAAAAACAGCCCCUGUCUCUGCAUUCCUGUGAAAGUUUGUGGUGGGAACUCUGGUCUUACAUUCCCUGUAGUGCCCACGCAGCUGGCAGCAGGGAGCACCAUCAGCAGAGCGCAGGGAAGCUGUGCAGAGCUCACCUCUCCUGUCCGGAGUACCGUCAUCAGCCCAUCCUCUGCCAGACUCAUCAGCAAAAUGCAGCAGCUGCAUCUUCUCUGCCUUAGUCUCCUGGUGCUGGGACAUAUCCUGGAUGUGCACGGCGGGAACAACGUCCUUGACUGCUGCCUGCGGACGAGUGAGACACCCAUCCCAUGGCGGAUAGUGCAGGAUUACCGGCUCCAGUUGGUACAGGAUGGCUGCGACAUCCCAGCUACUGUGUUCAUCACCACCAAGGGCAAGCGCCUCUGUGCCCCGCUCCAAGCCCAGUGGGUGGUUCGCCUCCAAGAGAAGCUGAAUGCCAGCUCUGCGAGGAAGGCCAAACCCCAGAACAAGUAGGGUCCGAAGAAGCCUGUGGCCAGCCCCAGCACCUGGAGUGGGGCUGGCUCCCAGCUGUGAAUCUGAAGCUAUUGGAGCCAACCUGCUUCCACCUCCAGCUGACCCUCAUCGGGACUCUUGCCAGUGUGUGGGGCUGGGCAGAGCCCUGUCUGCUCUCUCUUCUUCCUUCUGUCUCCACUGUGACCCAGCAACCUGCGUCAGGCUGAGCCAGGGGCUACCGGACCAGAGACUCUGCCACCUUCACAGCCUGGAAGCUGGUUGAUGGACUGUUCUGUAAGAUGGGUUUAGAGGGUCUCAGCCUUCCCUUCAGUGCAGCAGCUGUGACCACCA